AUGAAACCCUGUCAAAAAAUGGAAGGAAAACCAGAAAAUGAGAGUGAGCCAAAUCUUGAGGAAGAGCCAAAGCCUGAGGAAAAGCCAGAGGAGGAGGAGGAGGAGGAGCCAGAGGUGGAGGAAAAAACAGAAGGAACUUUUAGAGAAAGGCUGAUUCAGUCUCUCCAGGAAUUUAAAGAAGAUAUACACAACAGGCAUUUAAGCAAGGAUGAUAUGUUUAGAGAAGUGAAUGAAUUAGAUGAGAUAAGGAGAGUAAGAAACAAACUUAUAGUGAUGCGUUGGAAGGCUAAUCGAAACCAUCCUUACCCUUAUUUAAUGUAG